GAGAUAAAAGGGCACCAAGGUAGAUUGAUCAUCCUAAACAUGUAUGAAGAGACAGCCUGCUUUGAAACCAACAACUCCAUAGUAGAAGGUGGGAAUGAUGAUGGGUUUUGUCAAGUUUCACCAUUCAUGACAGGUAGCAGUACCACAAGCAGCUUUGAAGAAAGUCUCAAGCUCUCCAUGGAAGAGCUCUCUAAUCAUUACCACCAAGAAGAAUCUGCUGCUGCUGCUGCCUCUAUGGAAGAAAUUCAACUUCAACAUCACAUGGCUUUUAACAACAACUGCCACCAUUUAAUGGAACAGUACCCUACAAAUCAUCAUCAAGUCCUGUCAUAUGACCACCCCUCAAAUUGGGAUCCCAAUACCAUUCAAUUCCAAGAGAUGCACCAAGUACUUGAUCAAAAUGGCAACUUUAAUGCUACUGCUAAUACACCAUCCUCCUUGCCACCUGACCUUCUUAAUCUUUUCAACUUGCCCAGAUGCACAUCAACAUCUACUAUGCUUCCUAAUUCAUCAAUUUCCUUUACAAACCCUGCCAAUAAGACUCCAUCGGGCUUUAUGGGGGUGGACAGUACAUCUGUGCUUUUCGACUCAAACCCACUUGCUCCACAGUUUAGGGAAUUGGUUCAUUCUUUACCACCACAUGGCUAUGGUUUGCCUGCACCCUUGUUUGGCGGUGGCCAAGGGGGUGAUCACGUGGAUGGACUAAGUGGAGGAGGUCUAAGUUACCAAGAUGGGGGUCAUGGAGAUGGGGUUUUUGAGUUUACUGCAGAAAUGGCGUGUAUUGGCAAGGGAAUCAGGAAAUCUGGCAAAGUUACUAAGCAUUUUGCAACAGAACGCCAAAGGAGAGAGCAUUUGAAUGGAAAGUAUACUGCCUUGAGGAACUUGGUUCCAAAUCCUUCCAAGAAUGAUAGGGCAUCUGUGGUUGGAGAUGCAAUUAACUAUAUCAAAGAACUUCUUCGGACGGUUGAGGAGCUGAAAUUACUAGUGGAGAAGAGGAGAAACGGCAGAGAGAGAAUCAAAAGGCGCAAGACUGAAGAAGAUGGUGGGGUAGACGUUCUUGAGAAUUCUAACACGAAGGUUGAACAAGAUCAGUCAAGGUACAAUAAUGGUUCAUUAAGGAGUUCUUGGCUUCAGAGGAAAUCCAAGCAUACCGAGGUAGAUGUUCGCCUAAUCGAAGAUGAAGUUACAAUUAAACUUGUUCAGAGAAAGAAGGUUAAUUGCUUGUUAUCUGUUUCCAAAGUCCUUGAUGAGCUUCAGCUUGAUCUCCACCAUGCUGCUGGUGGCCUUAUUGGGGAUUACUACAGCUUUCUGUUCAACACUAAGAUAAACGAAGGAUCAUGUGUUUAUGCUAGUGGAAUAGCCAACAAACUGCUUGAGGUUGUGGACGGACAGCAUGCAUCCAGUACCAGUGUACCAGCAGGCAGUUGUUAGUAGUGUCGGAGGGCAUCAUAUUCCUAGUUAGAAAUAUAAACCCCUUUUUUUCUGUGCUUUUGUUUAGACAAUCACUCUUUUCCUGUGUUGAUGGAACAAUUGGAAAUUAAUAGUCAAGAUACACAUAGCAGUAGUUAUAAUGUUGGUGAGAGGAUAAUCAUAGGACUUCUGUUUUAUGUUUCUUAAGUUUCAAGUUUAUGCUAAUUAAUUAUGUUCCUUGUAAUGUUGGUGAAUCAUGUAGCAUGGUCUGAUUAGUUUUUGCAGAAUCUUGUAAACUUGCACAGAAUAAAUCAAUCAAAUGAUCAUUAAUUAAA